UCUUUUUCUAACCAUUUUAUUUUCUUCAAGAUGUUUUAGAAGAUGUAGACGGCAGCAUUUUCACUCAAAUACCAAUCCCAGGUAUUUUGAUUGGUGCAGCUGUAUUCAUCAUCAUAACUGCAGUUACCAUUUUAUGUGUCUGCAGGACAAUACAUCAAGGUGUCUAUUCAAGGUCAGCCACAUCUAGAUCAUCUGCGUGUGAGAAUCCUGGCAAUUUGGAUGGAGAUGACCCCGAUGACCCCUACACAGCCCUCCAACAGCCAGACAGUGAUCUCUACCAGAGUGUCUCUAAUUCAGCCGGCAGAGAGAUGGGUGCUUUGGAGAACCAGAAGAAACACGGCAGAGAGACUGAUGCAAGCUGCAAACUCUAUGCUAACGUUUAACCAAAGAUCAAGAGAACAGCACUGGAUCACAUGCUGGCAACUUUUGAGAUGAUCCUACAAUCAUAUCCUUUUUAACCAUAAACAAAUCAGCAUUUAUUAAAACUUGUCAGGUUUAAAGAUGUAUUUUUACAAAAGACAAAAAUAACAAUGAGCUACCAAAUUAGCAUAUCACUUCUUUUGAAAUCCUUGGGAUUGAUGUUUUUUGUAAAUGUUUCUUGUUCUCAGUCUUAGUUGAUGAACUAAUUGACAAAAAUGUAUUGUUUUUGCCAUGACUUCAGCUAUUGGUGUUUAAUUAUUGGAAUUUCAAAAUAAAUUGCAACUGCAUGAUUGCCAACUAAAUGACUAAAACACCUUAAUAUUCGAGAACAGUGUGUUUGUUGAUGUGAACAAAGUGCUUGAAGUGAGAUAUGUUAAUGUAGCUUUUCUUAAAACUCUGCCAAAUGCAUUCAACACCCUGGUUUACUUGUUAAAGACGUGAGGAACCAAAAUUGCUUCGAUCUGCAGCUUUCUAUUCACAGCCCGAGCUCAGGCCUCUAAAUAUGGGAUGACCACAGAGCAGACAUCUAACUUCUAGCAAGUUUUGUGACGAACAACUCAAACUAACCUCAAGACCAAUGGAGGCUACGCUUGUAGACCUGCUGAUCUGCAUCGACACCGGCAUAAGAAGUGUUAAGAUUCAAACAGGAUACACUCGCUUCUUGACUGGUAUGGACGCAAAAUGGAGACUGUUCUUGGUUCUGCUUCUGCCACUGACUGCGUGCGAAGUGACUAUAGUGAAAACCAUCGGGAGAGGACCAGACGUCACUGAAAUAUGUGUUAAUACUACACAGAGUAACAUCACACUCAUACUGUGUAAGAUCAGAACAGAAAGGAGCGGAGCAGAGUGUUUUCUGCUGUAUGAACCGAUAGAGAUCUUCGAGCAAACAUGUGACUCCAGGUUCUCUCUGAAGACGGAGAAUCAGGCUGUGUUUCUCCACCUGAUGAAUUUAACACCAGAGGACAGUGGGAACCACACCUGUGAAUGUUCUUAUAAAGAGGGAACAGAAAUCGUCCAUCUGAACAUCACUGUGGAAGAUGGAGAGGAAAGCAGUUCAACACAAAUGCAGAUCCCAGGUAUUUUGAUUGGUGCAGCUGUAUUCAUCAUCAUAACUGCAGUUACCAUUUUAUGUGUCUGCAGGACAAUACAUCAAGGGUCAGCCACAUCUAGAUCAUCUGCGUGUGAGAAUCCUGGCAAUUUGGAUGGAGAUGACCCCGAUGACCCCUACACAGCCCUCCAACAGCCAGACAGUGAUCUCUACCAGAGUGUCUCUAAUUCAGCCGGCAGAGAGACGGGUGCUUUGGAGAACCAGAAGAAACACGGCAGAGAGAUUGAUGCAAGCUGCAAACUCUAUGCUAACGUUUAA